AUGCGUGUUGUACGUGUUUUAGCAGUGUAUAUAUUUUCAACAUUUUAUUCGGUAGCAACAAAGGAUGAAACCGAUCCGAAAGGAUAUGUACUGUUUUGUCCCUGCAUGGGACGAUUUGGAAAUCAAGUGGAUCAGUUCUUAGGAGUUCUUGCGUUCGCCAAAUCCUUGGAUCGUACUUUGGUUUUACCCAAUUUCAUUGAAUUCAAGCAUCCGGAAACCAAUAUGGUCCCGUUUGAAGUGCUUUUUCAAGUUGGCAGCAUUGCAAAAUACACUCGAGUGGUAACAAUGCAGGAGUUCACUAAGAAAAUAAUGCCGAAAGUUUGGCCACCAGAGAAAAGAAAAGCAUUCUGUUGGACUCCCCGCAGAGCCAUCUACGACAAAGAAGCGGAACCUGGUUGUCACGCUAAGGAAGGGAAUCCAUUUGGACCAUAUUGGGAUCACCUUGGUGUCACUUUCGUCGGUGAUGAAUAUUUCGGAGAUAUUCCUGGUGGUUUCGAUUUGAAUCAAUUGGGAAGCAGGAAGAAAUGGGACGAGAAGUUCAGUUCUGAGGAGUUCCCAGUUCUUGCAUUUUCAAGUGCUCCAGCGGCGUUCCCAUCUAAAGGAAAGGUGUGGAAUAUUCAGAAGUAUCUGAGAUGGUCUUCAAGAAUAACAGAACAAGCAAAGAAGUAUAUAGCUAACCAUCUUCAACGACCAUUUGUUGCAGUACAUUUGAGAAAUGAUGCCGAUUGGGUGCGAGUAUGUGAACACAUUGACGUCGAAAAAAAUCGCCCACUAUUUGCUUCUGAACAGUGUCUUGGAGAAGGUCAUCAUCUGGGAAAACUCACAAAGGAGAUGUGCAUCCCCAACAAACAACAGAUUGUGGAUCAGAUUGUGGAGAAAGUGGGAUCGAUAGGAGCAAAGUCGGUGUUUGUGGCCAGUGAUAAAGACCACAUGAUAGAUGAAAUCAAUGAAGCACUGAAGCCAUAUGAGAUUGAAGCUCACAGACAAGAACUAGACGACAUGUACACUUCACUUGCGAUAAUGGGACGAGCGGAUUUGUUUAUUGGCAACUGUGUUUCUACAUUUUCACACAUUGUCAAGCGAGAACGUGAUCACACUGGACAGACCCCCAGACCAUCAGCAUUCUUUGGAGUCCAUGCAGCUAAAAGAAAUAUAGAAUUGUAG